AUGGAUAAGGAGGCUAUCACACAAGGUGUUUCUGCAAAGCAAGUGACUCGUAAAAAGUCAUGCUUGCAUCUCCUUAUGACUGCAUGGGAGAUAGAGGAGACUGAGCAUCAUAAAAGACUUCUUGACCUACUUCAGCAGAAGAAUGCUCGGGAAUACGUUGCAGCAUCUAAUGAAGCUCACCUGUUCAAAAGGUUCAUGACCCACCAUCACACAAACCAGCUUGAAGAUGACUUUGACUUUGAUGUUGGAACUUACAAGGAGGAGCUACAAGCAUUCAUCAAUCACAACUUCCAUGACCCCAACCAGCUGAUCACCAAGGAUAAAUAUUCCAUGGACCCCUUUGUCAAUGAUGCUGAAUCAGAUGACGACGACAAAGACUGGGACGAGCCCAUAUCAGAAGUUAGUUCUGACAGAUCGGGCGUCAAAGCUUUUCCAGCUCUCUCUAAGUAUGCCUCCCAAGAAGACAUCAAAGGGAAAGUGGAAGUCAAAGGGAAGAACCCAUGUGGAAAUACUGCUAGCGCUCAGAUUGGACUGGCCAUGGAGCAUCCGGUAGCACCAUCCAGACUGGCUAUGCAGCCACCAGCCAUGCCCCCCCCGCACAACCAAGGCCGGUGCCAUAUGUCAAUCCCUGCAGCAGGGGCUACCAUAUAUGUACGAUAUGACAGUUGGUCCAUCAAUGGCAUUCAGCAGAUACCCACACAGUCCACUACCUGUGUGCAGACUCCCAUGCUCAAUGUGGAAGGAGUCCACCAGGCUGUCAAGAGCUACAGGUCAGGCCUGAGGAUGUGGCCAGGCUACAGUGACACAUUGUUGGACAGCCAAAGGUUGAGAAUCGAUCCAGUUAGGCGGGCCAUCCAACGUGGGCCCAUGUGUGCUUAUACACGGAUGGGCCCACAGUGUGGAAUAGCGCCCAUGCUAGCGGGUGGGCCAAGUGUCGAUGCCAUAGCAUGA